CAUCAACCAAUCGGACCGUAGUCUACACCACCUCCCACCUCCAUCGACCAAUCGGACCAUAGUCUACACCACUUUGCACCUCCAUCGACAAAUCGGACCAUAGUCUACAACUCCAUCAACCAAUCGGAUCAUAGUCUGCUAUGGCGAAACACGCCUCCACCAUGUUGUUGACGACCACCACCGCUCAGCCCAACGUCACCAACGUCACCAGCGCAGACGUCUGCGUGAACAUCGAGGAGAAGUCGGUGUUUAGCGACAUCUUCAUGGGGAUAUACAUCGUGGCCUUUCUGCUGGGCCUCACGUUCAACGUCCUGGUCUUCGCACCCAUUGUACAGCAGAUAAGGCGUAAGAAUGUGCUGGGUGUCUACCUAAUACACCUCUCCGUGUCGGAUCUGCUGUUUAUAUUCACCGUUCCCCUCUGGAUUAUCUACUACCACAGGGACCACCACUGGACGCUGCCGCAGUGGUCAUGUGACCUGGCGGGCUUCUUCUACUACUCCAACAUGUACAUCAGCAUAUACAUCCUCUGCUGCAUCUCCAUCGACCGCUGCCUCACCAUCAGCUACCCCUUCCAGGCCAAGGUUGUCCGUCGUACGCGCUACGCCUGGGCGGCCUGCUUCUUCGUCUUCGCCCUGAUCUGCGGGAUCCACGGGGCGGUGCUGGACCUGGACAAGGAGGAGGUGUACGACAACGUGACGCGGCAGUGCUACGAGACGUACCCCAUAAACGAGCGCAUCGCCCUCUUCAACCUGCUGCGCGUGGGGUUUGGCUUCACCGUGCCGUUCAUUGUGCUGGCCGUCUGCUACACGCGCAUCUGGAUGGAGGUGCAGGGCAGCACCGGGCUGGACGAACGCGGAAAACGCAAGGUGAAGAACCUGGGCAUCGCGGUCAUCAGCAUCUUCUGCGUGUGCUUCUUCCCGUACCACCUGCUGCUGACCAUCCGCUCCGUCAGCUUCUACUACAUGGAGCGGAGCGCCAACUGCAGCUUCGAGGACCGCCUGCACUUCUCCUUCGCCUUCACGCUGGCCCUGUCCAGCCUCAACUGCGUGGUGGACCCCAUCCUGUACAUGCUGGCCAGCAACGGCGUCCGCGAAGACAUGCGGGUGUGCUACCGCCGGCGACCGCCGCAGUCCUCGCAGCCCACGGCGGUCACCACGGCGCUCACCAAACUAUAGCGCCAGGGCUGGAUGAGGUGCGGAGGUGCAGCCCACCAGGAAAUGCCUGCUAUGCCCACUAUGGCCAGUCCAGCCCUGUGUAGCGCUAUAGCUGCGCAAUCCUGAGGUUCUGGAACUCACCAAGUCAGGUCGUAGGGCUAUGUCUUUUUGAUAUCCAAAGCGCUAGCCAUCCCUGAUAUUCUUGAACUCACCAAGCUACAGUAUACACGUAACGCUAUAUACCCUGAAACUCACCUAGCCAGAUCGCUAGCUCUGCUUGAUAUCCUGAAACUCACCUAGCUAUAGUGCUAGCACUGCUUGAUAUCCUGAAACUCACCCAGCCAGAUCGCUAGCACUGCUUGAUAUCCUGAAACUCACCAACUCAUAGUGCUAGCGGCACAGCUUUGAGGCCCCGGAACUCACCAAGGUAUACCGCUAGCUUCGUAGCCUUGGUCCUGGAGCUCACCAAAUUAGACCGCUAGCUCCCCUUCAUACUCACCAAAGCAACAGCAUUAGCUCUCCUUGAAAACCUGAUACUCGCCAAGUAAGAAUGAGUAAGAGCAAGUCACCAUGCUAUAGCACUAACUCUCCACGAUAUCCUGAAACUCACCAAAGCACCUUAGCCUAAUUGAUGUCUUGCAACUCAAUUUCAUUUCAUUGCAUUUCAAA